GGAGCCUUUACUGCUGUGGACAUGCAAGUUCCUGCUCAUUGAUAGGAGUCUCAGUAACUCUGCACUCACACUAGCAAAAGCCAUGUCACUUUUACUUGGAGGCUACAGUUUAUCCUUUGUUGGAGUAAGCAUCUUCAUUGCUGCUUUGACAUACAUCACCUACAAGCUGCUGAGCGACCACCUGCAGAAAUGGUUCGAGAUGAAGCCCAUUCCUGGAUUGGAGAAAACCUAUCCGAUCAUUGGGAAUUCUCUGUAUUUUAAAGCAAACGCAGGGGAGUUCUUCAAUCAAAUUUUGGAGUUUUGCGAUACCUUCAGAGAUGAACCACUGUUUAAAAUUUGGCUUGGACCAAUUCCAUUUGUGGUUCUCUUUCAUUCAGAAACGGUAGAGAAGGUUCUCAGUAACCCUGUUCACCUGGACAAGUCUUUUGCGUACACGUUUCUUCAUCCUUGGCUUGGAACUGGUUUGCUAACCAGCACAGGGAAAAAGUGGAAGCAGCGCAGGAGGAUACUGACCCCGACCUUCCACUUUUCCAUCCUGACGGACUUCCUGGAGGUGAUGAACGAGCAAGCAGAACUUUUGGUGGAAAAGCUGGACAAGUUGGCAGGAAAAGGUCAAUUUAACUGCUUCAGUCACGUCACUCUCUGUGCUCUUGAUAUUAUCUGUGAAACAGCAAUGGGCAAGAAAAUCUAUGCUCAGAGUAACUCUGAAUCUGAGUAUGUUAAGAGUGUCUACAAAAUGAGUGACAUUAUCAGCCGAAGACAAAGGGCACCUUGGUUUUGGCCUGACUUUCUCUACUACUUCUUUGGCGAGGGUAAAGAGCACGACAAAGCCCUCAAGAUCCUCCACUCCUUUACUAAAAAAGUUAUCUACGAAAGGUCAGAGAGCCUGUCCCACACUGAAUCUGACGGUGAGUCUGACAGGGGCUCAAGGAAACGCAAAGCUUUUCUAGACAUGCUAUUGAACACAACAGAUGAAAAUGGCAACAAGCUGAGCCACCAGGACAUUCAGGAGGAGGUGGAUACCUUUAUGUUUGAGGGUCAUGACACCACAGCUGCCUCCAUGAACUGGGCUUUACAUCUGCUCGGCUCCCACCCUGAGGUUCAAAGAAAGGCUCAGGAGGAGCUGCAGGAGGUGUUCGGUGCGUCUGACCGACCAGCAACGACAGAGGACCUGAAGAAGCUCAAAUACCUGGAAUGUGUGAUCAAAGAGGCGUUACGGCUGUUUCCCUCUGUGCCUUUCUUUGCCCGACGGCUGGGCAAGGACUGCCACAUCAAUGGUUUCAUGGUUCCCAAAGGUGCAAAUGCAAUCAUAAUAACCUACACUCUUCAUCGUGACCCACGGUACUUCCCGGAGCCUGAGGAAUUCAGGCCAGAGCGGUUUCUACCGGAGAAUGCAGCUGGAAGGCCUCCAUACGCAUACGUCCCUUUCUCAGCAGGACUCCGCAACUGCAUAGGGCAGCGUUUUGCGCUGAUGGAAGAAAAGGUUGUCUUGUCAUCCAUUCUGCGGAAGUUCAAUGUUGAAGCUUGUCAGGUUCGAGAAGACCUUCGUCCAGUGGGGGAGCUCAUUCUGCGACCAGAGAGGGGCAUUGAAAUUAAACUGGAGAAGAGGGGGUGUCCCGCUUCAGCUAACUAGGAUCUAAAUCUUUUUUGGAAUGCAAACCCCAAGAAAAGGACAAAGCUGCAGGUGCUUUGAUGCCCAAUGCCACUAGAUGGCACCAAUAGUAAGCUUUUUGGUCCAAUUUAAACCCUUUUCUCCACCGUAAUAAUAGCUUGCUCCUGAAAAUAAAUAAAUAGUAAAGUUGCACAAAUUAGUCACCAAGCUGCGGGGAAGCUGGACAUAUCAUUAAAAUGUUCACUAAUUAUAUGAAUGUUGUUUUUCUACCUGAUGAUGAGUCACACUUUCAGGCAACAAAAGCUAAUCCUCUCCUGCACUGACGGAAGCUGAAAACCAACAGUUUAAUACGCAACAAAUCAAUACGCUUAGAGGUAUUUACACAUCAGAGGUCAUUUCUGAAGAGGCCAAUGGCUCUGAACCAUUAAGUGGACUCUAUGUUGAUAUCAAGACAGCUUUCCUACUGACGAGACCAGAGUUUUUCUUGAUUUUGUUGUAGCUCUCUUUUACACAGUGUUCUGAGAUGAAAAAAAAAACAAAAAACUAACAUCUCAGCGAUUACACUUUAGUUAAUUGUUUGCAGACUAUGCAAUCCCUCUUCACCUUUUACCCCUUUCCUAAAAUCUCCGUCCAAUCUAAUGCCUGAUGAAACAACUUGAUGACUGAUUUUUGAAACUGCAUGAGAAUAAAGUGUAUGCCCUAAACUCAAGAUCUAAACUCAAUUCUUUGAUGAACGAUUAAAGACGAAACACAUGUUUUUUUUUCUUCAA